AUGGAUGUACCCCGGCCUUUUCUUCUCCUCCUGUGUGCCCUCCACCUGACCUUGACCGGAGUGUUUAGUAAACACAUAGAUCACAGAAACCUGAUCACACAGAGGCUGUGCUGCAAGAGACAGAGCCACUUUGUCUACAUUGGAGAAGACAUCUCUGGGAGUCCUGUCAGUGUGGAUGUGGGGGUGUGCAGGUCGCACUGUGGGGGGGCACCCAGGCCCUCACAUGAAGCAGGGCAGCAGGAAUACUCCAGACAUUCCUCAAUGCUGGAAUUUCUCAGGAGUAAGAAAACGAGGGCGCGCGGACCCUCAGCUCCAGAGAGCCCCGGGCCGCAGGGCCAGCUGCCCUCCUGCGGGAUGAACCAGGUGUGUGAGCCGACCGGGGUGCGCGUGGACCGGCUGCUGCUGCUGGAGGGACCCCGCGAGGUGGAGAUCAUCCAGGAGUGCCAGUGCGAGAUCAAGCUGACCCAGUGCCUCCGCGUGCCCGCGCUCAGGACCUACUACAGCGAGACACCGUAUGAGGCUGUCCUGGACGUGGGAGGCUGCUCCCGGUCCAAGGGUUCACCAGAGGGAUUCUCCUGUGUUCCCACUAAGUUUGACUCAGAGUUGGUGGAAACCCCAAACAAAGUGGAGCUGAUCCAGACAGUGGUGUCCUGUGAGCUGAAAGAAAGCUGCUACAGGGUCCCAUACAUGGAGUAUCACUAUGAAGUAGUCCACAACGAUGGAGUCAAAGAGGAGAGACUUAAAGAAAUAGACGUUGGCAGAUGUUUGGGAGGCUGCACUACAGGAACCCGAUGCCUUCUCAGAAAUCAAUCUGAUCCAGCAGUUUGCCACUUGUGGGCUGAAAAACAGUCCAGCUCAUGUGUUCCUGAGGGCUAUGAGACCCACAGCUUCCUCGACCAGCAUGGACAGAUACGCACUAUCCUCUCCAUCAUAUCCUGCCUUUGUCAAAACUGACCACAGCGCCCCCUACUGGAAACCUCUUCAAAUCCCUUCUCAGGAGUUUUCAACAGUCCAUUGUCGACCCCACCAAAAACUCUGACAUCCGUUUAAGAAU